AUGGGUGGUCCAAAUCUUGAGGUCUUCAAAUUCGGUCUGUACUUGUUUGUACCGGUCGUGGCCUUGUUACAUUUCGGUGAUCCUGCUUGGUACCAUGACCACGUCCUUCCUUAUAAGGGUCAUCUAUUCCCACCUCCAGAAAGGACGUACAGCAAAAUACCAACAGAUCAAACCGCCAUCCGAGAAGAGCUGGCAAGGAUCAAGGCGGAUAAACUCGCACGACGAAUAGAGCGGGAGAAAGAGCUUCAAACACAAUCAGAGGCAGUUGCACAGAGUUCAAAAGGGUGGUUCAAAUGGUGGUAG